UAACGCCAUUUUCACGCACCGCGCAGUCAGUCAGUCAUCCAGCCAGCCAGCGGACUAGCGAGCUGUCAUCUGCACGGGCGACUAGUCAACUUUUCAUUUAGCCCCAUGAAGCCCCUCUUAAGUUAGUUUUACGGACUUGUUCCUGCCAUGGAACCAAAGGAAAACAGGCUUUUCUUGUAUGGCUCCGAGUAAAGCCAGUGUUUUGACAGUUAGGUUGGCUAGCUAUGUAGCUAGCUGGUCACCAUAAACGGCGGUUGAUGCAGUGAAGACCAGCGUCAGUCGGCAGAACAUAUUCCAGCCGGACACAGUUUGGAAAUUGUGUUUUAUAACUUAAAUAUUUUUUUUUACUUUUAUUGGCAAGUGUUGUCUGUCAACCCGACAACACCUCCAUUCAAAAAAGACGUGAUUUAGACGGUAAAAAAGGCGAGGAAAACGGACGUUACGGUGAAGCUACAUUGGCAACGGAUGUUCCAGAGAACGGAUGCGUGAGGACAUGUCCACCACGGUGUGUGUGAAGGAGGAGGAGGACCCUGGGGAGAAGCUGUCCCAGGAUGAGAUCAUCUCCCGGACCAAGCAGGUGAUCCAGGGGUUGGAGGCCCUGAAGCAGGAGCACCACUCCAUCCUGGGGGGCCUGCUGGGCACGCUGCGCUGCCUGAAGCAGGACGAGGAGGGCGUCCUGGUGGAGGAGAAGUCCCACAUGAUCCGCAAGUCCCUGGAAAUGCUGGAGCUCGGGCUGAGCGAGGCACAGGUGAUGAUGGCGCUGUCGAGCCACCUGAGCUCGGUGGAGUCGGAGAAGCAGAAGCUCCGGGCCCAGGUCCGCCGGCUCUGCCAGGAGAACCAGUGGCUAAGGGACGAGCUGGCCGGGACGCAGCAGAAACUGCAGAAGAGCGAGCAGAGCGUCGCCCAGCUGGAGGAGGAGAAGAAGCACCUGGAGUUCAUGAACCAGCUGAAGAAGUACGACGAGGACUUGUCCCCAUCUGAGGAUAAGGACUCUGAUUCCAGUAAAGAGACUCUGGACGAUCUCUUCCCAGAUGACCAGGACGACCAAGCCCCAGGCAUCCAGCCGACCCACGGCAGCGCUGCGGCGGCUGCUGCCCAGCAGGGAGGCUAUGAGAUCCCAGCCCGUCUGAGGACCCUCCACAACCUGGUGAUCCAGUACGCGUCCCAGGGCCGGUACGAGGUGGCUGUGCCCCUCUGCAAACAGGCCCUGGAAGACCUGGAGAAGACUUCUGGACAUGACCACCCAGACGUGGCCACCAUGCUAAAUAUUCUAGCCCUUGUUUACAGGGAUCAGAACAAAUAUAAGGAGGCAGCCAACCUGCUGAAUGAUGCCCUGGCCAUCAGGGAGAAGACUCUAGGCAGGGACCACCCAGCUGUUGCUGCCACCCUCAAUAACCUGGCCGUCCUGUAUGGGAAGAGAGGAAAGUACAAGGAAGCAGAGCCCCUGUGCAAGAGAGCGCUGGAGAUCCGAGAAAAGGUGCUGGGGAAGGACCACCCAGAUGUGGCCAAGCAGCUGAACAACCUGGCCCUGCUGUGUCAGAACCAGGGCAAGUACGACGAGGUGGAAUACUACUACAUGAGAGCACUGGACAUCUACCAGACCAAACUGGGCCCCGACGACGCCAACGUGGCUAAGACAAAGAACAACCUGGCGUCCUGUUACCUGAAGCAGGGCAAGUUCAAGCAGGCUGAAACUCUGUAUAAAGAGAUCCUCACCCGCGCUCACGAGAGGGAGUUUGGCUCUGUUGAUGAUGAGAACAAACCAAUAUGGAUGCAUGCUGAGGAGAGAGAGGAACAAAGCAAGGGGAAGCAGAAGGACGGCUCACCAUUUGGAGAAUAUGGAGGCUGGUACAAAGCCUGCAAAGUCGACAGCCCCACAGUGACCACCACCCUGAAGAACCUCGGCGCCCUCUACAGGCGCCAGGGCAAGUUCGAGGCAGCCGAGACUCUCGAGGAGGCUGCCAUGCGUUCCAGAAAGCAGGGUCUGGACACUGUGCAUAAGCAGCGCGUGGCGGAGGUCCUGAGCGAGCCGGAGGCCCGUGAGAAGCAGCGAAGCCGCGAGAGCUUGACCUCUGACACGGUGAAGUACGAAAGCGGGCCGGACGGUGGCGAGGAAGUGAGUAUGAGCGUGGAGUGGAAUGGGGCAUAACUCCAGAUGCCUUGUAAUGGUUCUAAAAACUUGUCUUCUGCAUGACGGACGCCUCACUUCGCCUCAACCCCUUCAGCUUCGCAGUUUUCUUCAACUAUGAACUCUGUCUUUCUCUCUCUCUCUUUCUCUCUCUCUCCUCCACCCCACCCCAUUCGGAUGUUCUGGUGGGGAUUCUUUUCACCGGUCGAAAUACAGUGAUAGUGUUGCUUUUAAACCCUCCUCUCUGCUGGGUUUUGGGGGGGGGGGGGACUGUGGAGGCAGCUUGUAUGUCUAAAUCCAAACCUCUGCUUCCUACUUGUCUCUGAAGCUCUGUGCUCGACUGUGUGUGUCUGCUGUGGGUGGGAGAGAACAGGGCUCUUUAUGACAACAUUAAACUCUUAUGUUGUUUCUGCUGCCAUUUAACACUAGCCUCUGCUUUUCUACUUCCUCUCUGGUGUCUUCUAACUGUACUUUCAUAUUGACUGUAGACUCAUUUAUUGUUUUUUUGGGGGGGGGAUUGUGUGGAGAGAUUGACAGUAUGCCCUUAAAUCUUGUCCUCUCAGCUGUCCUUUAAAGCCUAACUCUCUCUAUUUUGACCUGGACUCUGAACCUUCCAAAUCCCACCCAAACACAACAAUUCUGACCCAGAAUAACACCUGUUGCUUCAUUUCAAAGUUCUUUGCUUCCUAGGAGCUUAAAAGAAAUGGCAGAAAAAGGUGAUUGGCCGCUCCAAAAAUACACUUACCACACAACCUUUUGUCAAACACGUUCCAGGUAUAAAAUGGCCAGCGUUAAAGCUUUGAACACUUCAUCCACCCACCUCGCCGUCUCUUUCUAUGGAGGACAGAAGCUUCUCUUCUCCAUUCACUUUGAUUUAGCAUUAACACCAAAACGUCAUUAGUGAUGCCUCAAAGCGCAUAGUGAUUCGUAACAUGCUGUAAAUAACAUCAGCGUAACUCGUCAGCAUGAGCGAGAAGCAGCCUAGCUUGUGGCUUUAUUAGAGUUUAGGCAUUAGUUUUGCACUCUGUGGCAAUAGCGACCACAUCAACUAAUGUUGUGAUGUCACAGAGAGGACACGUUAAACCUAACAGGAUGCAUGCACAAUGUGUUUUCACUUCAACAUAAUGGGUUAUCUGAUAAAGUUAUGUUACUAAAUGGACAUUUUUUCAAGUAAAUGUCAUAAAGCUUUUGGCCUAAACAUGGUGCAUCCAGCCUGUUACCUUCUGUAUAUCUCUGUAUAUAGAUGUCAGGAUGGGUGGAGGUGGUGGGGCUAAGCAAGCAAUGUUGCAUUUGUUGGAAAUUUUGGAUUUGAAAUAGUCUCCCCAUCUCUGUUCUCGGCUCCUUGCUAAUGAUCUUUCUGCGUGUCCUUCCUGUCCUGUUUGUGCAUCUUUCUUAACUUCUAAUAAAACCUAAACUCUCUGCUCACCUGAAA